GCGCGGCGUGCGGCAUGUCCAGUCACAGCCGGGAGUCAGUGUAGCUUCUAAAUGCUACGGCGCAGAUGCUGUGAGGUGAAAUGGCUCUUCUCCGACUGAGAAACGCCAAGGGUUCGAACGCCUCGGAGAUAGAGAGGAAAAUCAAAAGGGGUAAUGCACUGAGGCAGGGAUCUUCGUGGCGGGGGUCUCGUGGGCUCGUGGCCUUGCUGCUGGUUGCCUUGUCAGCAUGUGUGGUGGCCAUGUGGUUGUAUGUGACCUCUCUGGACAGCGAUAUCACAGAAACUCUGGUCAGCCAGAGGGAGCUGGUCUCUCCUCAGCCCAGAGUCUACAGCGUCCAGUGCUCUGAGGACUACGAGAACUACAAACGUUACCCAGGAUGCACCCCUCAGAAGUGUGGCCGUGCUGUCACAGACGCCGUGGUGACGAGGGAGGAGGCUCAGGUCCUCAGGAGACUGGCUGAGAGGGGGCUGGCGCUGGCUGGGUCAGAAGGAGGAGCCUCCAUACUGGACCUGCACUCUGGGGCGCUGUCAAUGGGAAAACAAUUUGUCAACAUCUACAGGUAUUUUGGGGAUCAGGUCAGGGAUGUGUUCACACAAGAAGACUUCCAACUUUACAGAAAUGUUCGUGGGAGAAUCCAGGCGGUUAUCGCUGAGACGUUUGGUUUGAACCCAACACUGAUGUACCUCACCAAGCCCACCUUCUUCUCCAGAAUCAACAGCACGGCAGCCCAGACCCAACAUGACGAGUACUGGCACCCGCACAUUGACAAGGUGACUUAUGGAUCUUUUGACUACACCUCUCUGCUGUACCUGUCUGACUACGGAUCUGACUUCACUGGGGGAAGAUUUGUCUUCAUGGACCAAAAUGGCAACAGAACAGUGGAGCCACGGGCAGGACGAGUUUCCUUCUUCUCUUCUGGCUCAGAGAACCUCCACCGUGUGGAGAAGGUGACGUGGGGGACGCGCUACGCCAUCACCGUGUCCUUCACCUGCGACCCAGCGCACGCCAUAACCGACCCCGCCCUGCCCUGAGGCGUCCGUUGGAUGAUGGAUAACACCGCUGCCCACCGGCUCGGACAAGCUCUGCAGCAAAGAAGGGAAACAGAAAGGAAGGACAAGAGGAAGUCGUGAGAUUUUAUAUGGAGGUUCUACUCAUUGGUAUACUAUAGCUGCACAUUCAGUAUCUGUUAUUUUUAUUUUCAGGUAUUGACUUUCUUCCCCUUUACUGAUUGUGCAACAGAAGAAAAGCCACAUGUGGUCUCUCUCUCUUAUGUAGAGGUGGUUUCCUAUUUGUUACUAGCCCUUGUGUUUCUAUCCAAUUUUCUACAGCGUUUUCUUUUUUUUUUUUUUCUUGCUCUAUCCUAAUCGCUGGUAUUAGGGGUGUUUGGGUUCCCCACAGGUUUCCACAAGCGCGCUCUCCUUGAUCAUUCAGGGGACAGCUCGAGAACAAACUGUUUUUCUGCUGAAACGGACUUAAAGAGGCUAAAGUGGGAUUGUGUUUCUGCCGCUUGUCUCUCUGUUUUUUUUUCUUUUUAAGGAGAGCUGUCGAUUCCUUGAAGAAUAGAUAUAAAUCUGGUGAAACUCUCACUGAAUCAAGCUUUCAUCACCAAAUCCCCCACUCAGACCAUGACCCAGGAGGUGUUUUUGAAGGACUCUCUCUCUGUCCAAGAGAAAAAUGGCUCUUUCUAGUUUGCUAACAUGUGCUUCUGUGGUGACGGUGAGAACGGUUUGAAGUUAAAUACUGACCUGAAAAGCCCUUGUUUCUUUGUCUCCUUAUAGCACUCAGACUUAUUGGUUUUCCUCCAGCAGUCCAGCACACUUGAGUAUUAACAGUUUUUAUUAAAUCAACCAAUAUUAUUCAUGUGUACACCACUACUGAUUGCUACUAGAGUCUUGUCUGCACUUCCUUAGUGCGCCAGACACUCGAGGAAUUGCUUGAUUGAUCAAACACUGUUGUGUGAUGGAGAAGUCAUCGUCCUUGCUUUUCUGAUUUUCCACACAGCUGCUCGCAACCAUCCACUGUCUCCGUUCUCAUUUCUUCGGCAUAGAUUCUUAAAUUGAUUUCAGAAUCAAUCAUUUUAUAUAUUUUUAAUGUGCCAAUCAUCUUUUUCCAAUCUUUACUUUUUAUAACUUUUUUUUAAUCGAAUGUUAGUUUCUUUUGUAAUACUUAAUGGCAUUUUCUUGUGAUAGAAGAUGGGAUCAGAAAUAAAAUAACAUGGUAAGUGAAAAGCAAUAUUUGUUCCAGUAAUGAAAAUGUUCUAUUUAUUCUUGUUGCGUAGGAUGUUGAUUACUCUUUGUGACAGGGAGGCAUUUUCCUCUAAUCACAACAAGACUGAAUAAGUUGUUUUCUCCUCGCCAACAUGAGAUCCACGUAUGAUAAAGGGCAAAUAAUUGUUUGGCAAAUGAAGGGAUUUUUAUUUUCUUGGGCUCUUGAAUGCAAGACAUUGUUUGCCUACAUUUUGUUCAUGUCUGCAGCUUUGUCAUCAGUCUUUUUAAAAAAACAGGAGCCACUUUCACAUGUACCCAAACCCUGUUUUUUUGUUUUGUUUUUUUAAUUCAUUUUUUUCUAUCGUUGCAGGCAGUUAAUAGCUUCUCUUGAUUUCAUAUAACGAUCUGUAAGCAGACUUCUGAAAUGAGUUCUGCUGGCAUUGGACAUUAAGUCUGUCGUCUUUUUUUUUGUUAAACAUACAAUUACAUUUUGAAGAUAAGAUAAAAAAGAUUUUUCCAAUUAUUCUACAUGUAAAGGUCCCAUAUUGUGUCUGUUUUUAGCUAGCUGUGAGCACAGAGAGCAGGAGAGAAGAACAUGGACGUAAACACUGGCAGACCACAAUAGGUGACAUGAAACCACUCAACCCACCCAGCCCUUGUUUAUUGGUUUCAAAGUUUCCAAUGUCUCUGAAAGCCCCUCAGCUUUACCAUCUCCACCGAGUGCUGACCUGUGGGCAUAUGAUGAGAAUGAAUGGUAACGUUCGCCACAUCAGGUUAGGGAUUUUGGUGGUGACAUUUCCAUCAAAAAUAAAAGUAGUCCACCUGGUAUUCAGUUUCUAAGAUGCUGGGAGUGCAUGAGGACUCUUGCGUUAAUUUUUGCAGCGAACAUUUGUUGAGCUUUGCUUGCGGCUGAAACAUUUUAAAGUUAACAUUUAGCAUUGCUCUCGAACUUGAGGAAUGGCAAAGGAGACGUCUUCAUAUCUAAUCAUAACAGCUUUUUACUUUACACCAAGUUUUUCCACACAAUCCCACACAAAAUAUAAGGGGUUUUCACCAUAUGGGACCUUUGCUAUUCCUUUAAAUUGUUUUGUUUUGCACUUGUGGCUCUGGCAUAUUAUUAACUCAUAAACCUGAGCACACUAGCAAACUUUCUUAACUACCCUUCUUGUUUCUGUACACCUUUUGAAUGAAAGUCCAACGUUCACUCUCUUUUUCUUUAGCUCUGUCUGAGUUGCCACCAGCUCCUGAGGGGAACAUCCAUUAAAUGCUUAAAAGCUAGUUGCUGAUUUUGCCAGUUUUAAUGUUCGACUGGGAGUGAACACGAAUGUAUGGAAGGUUUUAUUGUUAUUGAAAAUGGAUGUGUUUUGCAGCUGGAGAUGAUGUUGAGAGCUGUGGAGUUGGCUGACACUUCUCUGUAAGUUUGUCACUAAGAGUUGGCCCUUUCACAUUUUAGUCAUUUAAUAAACGGUUACUACAAAAAUAUUGAA